AUGCACGAAUGUGAAUGUACCAAAAAAUUCUUUCUGCAAGAACAACCAUGGCAUGGUGGUGAUAUCAUUUCAGCGCAUGUCUGCAAUCCGAUCUACGUUCGUUGGCCACGAGUAAAGGUUGUGUUUGGUUCUAGAGCCGAGGGACCGUACUCGUUAACGGCCUGUAAAAGUGCUUGUACAACAGAGGAAGACCCUCUGCGCAGCGGCGAUUAUGCGUUCACAUUUUAUUCGGAUCGUUUCAUGGACAUGCGUGAAGUGACACGUAUUCUAUUUACGAGUUCGUUGGAGCGAUGUUUGAGUGAAUGUUUAGAAGAGAAACGCUUUCCAUGCAGAAGCGUUUCGUUCAAUCGCACUGACGGUGGAUGUCAUUUAUCACAGCAGAAUCAACUGAGUAAACCAGCGCUUUUGCGAAUGAACAAUAAUCCUAAUUAUCGCAUCGAUUAUUACGAAAAUAACUGCUUCAAUCUAACGGAUUCAUACUCGUUCGAUUACCAGUGCAAAGACGACGGUAUUCUUGUGAAGGUCGACUCAAAAUAUCCUUACACGGGCGCCCUUUACGGUCUCUAUGAUUUUUUCACUUGUCGUAUAGAACCGAAAGAGGCAACCAAAUUCGAGUAUUUCUUUCCAUCACCAUUGAUCUCAAAGAAUUGCAGUGACAGUAUACGAUACAAGGUUGGGAUUUUUCCUUAG